AAAUGUGAAAUUAGGCACUAACCGCCGCUCGCCGCGUCUUCUGCACUCCAUUCGACAAAGCGGCGCCAUUUCUGAAGUUCAAAUUGGCAGACGCAAGCUCACGGUCUCUUCCGCGCUAGGGCAUCGCAGUAGCGUGAAAAUUGAAACCUCCCCCAAGUCCCAUCCACCCGCCGCGGCCCCUCUGCCUCCCACCCACCCGCCGUCUGAGCCGCGCCGCCGUCCGCCGUCCGAGCCGCGCCCCUCUGCUCAGUGCUCACCCGCGUCGUCGACGCCUUCUCAUCCGGGCCGCGCGGUUUCUGUCUCAGGCGGAGCUCUAUCUCCGGCGUCGAUACCAGCCUCAGCCUGCCUCGUUUCCGGCGUCCGACGGCCUGAAUCUAACAGCAUCCGGCGGUCAGAAGUAGUCCAAGUAAUUGUGUUCGAGGAUAAUGAAUUAUUUCAGGAUUGAAUCUGAUCAGCGCAUGAGGAGGAGGAAUGAAACCAAUGUAUGGCAGAGUGAUCCUAAAGAUAGUUUUCAAAGAGAAUCAUGGGAUGCAAACAAUUGUUUCGAGAGUUUCCGUAUCUUGAAAGUCAAUAACAAUUUGGACAUAUAUGCUAAAAGAGCUAGCUUGAGUGUUGCUCCUGCCGUCGUAGCGAUACGAGUUUAUUCAGGUGAAAGGGCCGUAUGUGUGGGUUCAGGGUUCAUCUUGGAAUGCAAUGAACAAUUUCAAGCUACCAUCCUAACAUCUGGGACCCUCUUCACAGCUCAUGAUAAUUUAAGGGUGGUUGUGGUUCUUCCAAACAGAGAUCUCUGUCUUGGUGUAGUGGAAGUAUGUGACUUCCACUUAAACCUUGCCAUUGUCAGAAUUCAAGCAGCUCAAUUAUUACCGUGUGCAAAGUUAGGACGUAUCAAAGAUUCUGUGAUCCUCAACUCAGCCACAACUUCAUGGCAGUUGCGACCCCAGUGUGAUCAGUCUAGUGUUUUACUUCCAGGCCAUAAGUUAAUGGCACUUGGGCGCCACCAGGAUCGCAUGAGGGAUUUUAUGGCUGCCCCCGGUGAGUUGAGUAUUGAAGAUUGUGGAUUUGAUUGUAAGGAGCUAUUUUAUUCAACUUGUAGAAUCACAAAGAGUGGCAUUGGCGGACCAAUGAUCAAUCAAGAAGGAGAAGUCGUCGGAGUCAAUUUUUUUCACGUUAAUUUCACCCCUUUUCUUCCAAUAAACAUCAUUACCAAAUGGCUGGAGCAUUUUAAGAAAUCAAGGGACUGUCGCCGACUUUGUCAUGGAAUGAAAUUGCUUAAUCUCUAUGCUGUGCACUUACUUAUUUUGGAAAAGAUUAUCCAAAAGUUCCCCAAUCUUAAACAAGGAGUUAUGGUCGAUGAGGUUACUCCAAAUUCUCCAGCUGAAUCUGUUGGAAUAAGUUCGCAAGAUAUUAUAAUUGAGUGCGAUGGAGAAGUUGUCGAGGGUUGUUUACAGUUCUUUGAUUUGAUGUGGGACAAGGUCGGGAAGCGUAUAGACUUGGUUGUCGCAAGGCUUGAUGGGUCUCAUCAGAACUUUUCCAUAAUGGUUGCCGACAUUAAUCCUACUCAAUUUAACCGCUGGCCAUUGCCGACCCCUCAUAAAGAUCCAUUCGGUGAUGGCAUGUUUGACUCUUCUUCACCCGCCAGUGUCCUCAAGUUAGACGAGGGCACAUCACAAGCUACACGGAGAAAUGUAGCCUCAAAAUUAAAGAAGAGAAAAGGCAAGGUCACGUCGCAAUCAAAGAAGAGAAAAGGCAUCCAUCUUAACCUGUGUAAAAGAUUGGUCUUCUCUUAGCUCUCCAAUGUUCGCUACCAGCUGCAGCUGCAGUUUUAGGCUUGUCACUUCUGCCUAUUUGUUGACUAAUUGGCUUCAACUUAAAGUCCAACCAAAUACCUGAUUUUUGUUUGAUCUUUGUCUGCUAUCAGUUUGGUUUAUUUAUUGACUUUAUUCUACUAGUAGAAAUAUUAAAUUGCAUUAUGCAUAA